GAACCUAUCCAGAAUCUGUUUGCAUACACUAAAGACCGAGAAAAAAAUACUAAACUCCUUUACAUAAAAUGCUUUUGUCGUAAUGUUGCAGCGUUGAUAUAGUUUAUGAAAAGGGUUUUAUCUGAGGAGUAAGAAAACAAUGUCUUCUUUCAAAGCUUUCUUGUAUGCAACACAUAUGUUAUUGUUCAUUCAUGGCAGUUUACAUUGGCCGUUACCAAAAAUUAGAGACAUUUUAUUGAGAGGACUUCCUCCAAUAGAAGGUAUAUAUGGUAAAAAUAUUCUUACAUUGGAAUGUAAACACAGCGGAGAAUCAAAUGUGACAAUCAGUUGGACUUUUAACGGAAAGAAGAUACAUGAGAGAGGGCAAUACUUUUUCAGCCUUCCAGAAAUAUUAAGAGUAUUCGACGUCACAAAUCGGAAUAACGGCGUCUAUCGUUGUUACGUCGGAAAUAAAUAUGGAACAGUAUUCUCCGAAUUUAACUUUAAAGUUAACAGUCUUGGAUCAUUUGAACCCUGCUGCCAACUACAUGAUGAAACAAGAAUUGUUAAAGCAACUCUCGGUGAAAGUUUAACAUUAAAAUGUCCUAAACAUUCAACUGGUCGCGGACAACACUACUUUUGGGGUUGGAGUAGGCGAUUCGCUCCUUCUUUUUUCCUGGAAACCCAUAUCCCAAUAAACCAAUCAUUUAUUGACAAAUCUGGCUCCUUCGUUAUCCCGCGUCUUAAAGAGUUUGAUGUUGAAAUGGUAAAUUUCUUUGGUGGCAUUAGCUGCGUCUUGCAUAACAACAAAGAGUCGGUUUACAGCUGCAGCUUUUUGAUUGAUGCUCAAAAAGGCACCAACAAGAAAUCUUCACCAACUUUGGUAUCUUACAUGGAUAAAGAAUUCUCCGUUGUAGAAGGGAGAUCAGUGGAUAUAGUAUGCGGUGCGGCGGGAAAUCCAACACCAUUGAUAUCCUGGUAUAAAGAUGGAGUUAAAAUUGUGCCUAAAAAUGGCAGUGCUGCAGGCAACAUUGAAAUCAUAGCCUGGAACACGUGGCUACGAAUUGACCCAGUUCUAGAAACUGACUUCGGCGUAUAUAAAUGUGUCGCAAGAAAUAGCCUGGGUGAAGACUCGAAGGAAGGAGUAUUACUUGUGCACAGUGAGCCAUCGUGGAAAAUAAAACUUCCAAACGCACUAAUGGUAGUGCACAACGAUGUUAUAACACUGGUGUGCUCAACCUUGGGUUAUCCAGCUGCUCAAUAUUCAUUAUACCAUAAUGACACUCUUUUAAUGAGUUCCAGGCCACAUUACAAUCACCCAUUUGUGUAUAGUAUUGCUAACGCUGAGUUUCAUCAUGGUGGUGUGUAUACUUGUGUUGCAUCCAAUGUCUACAAAACAAUCACAUCUUCGUCAUAUGUUACAGUUACGAAGUUACGUGAUGCAAUUCUCGGACGUUUAAACUGCGAUUAAUCGUAACUGCCGAAUCAUGUACGAUAGUAUAUGUUUUUUAAUUUUAGGGGACAAAAACAUGUUGUGAAUAGUCAGUAUUUAAACAGAAAGCUUCAAUUGAUAUUGUAUGCUAAUUUUUUAAAUAUAGCCUUUGAUCCUGCGUAAGAAAAAUAUGCCAUGGCAAGAACUUAUUGUUAUUUUAUUCACAUAGCUUACACUGCAUGGACGCCAAAAGAAGGCUAGAAGGUACAGGGUGUUUCCUUAAGACUUUUCUAACAAAUAGUCCGUGGCGUUAAAAUAGGUAAAUUAAAGUCACUAGAGAAGAGUUCGUAUCUUUCUAUUUUUAAUGUUCCUUUUGAUGCGUUUGUUCUGUUAUAAAUAAAUGCAUGGGUUAGUAACAUUGAUAUCUCUGCUCUCUAACGACAUUACAGAAGCAAUGAAAAGAAGAACAAUUUUUAGGUCUGUAAAGUAUUUUUAUGUCGACUUUGUUUAAAAAAAUUUUUUUUUAUUAUUUGAUAUAUACUUCUCCCCAUGUUAUUAGAAGAUAGAUUUACAACUACAAUCCCUUAAUAUAUUAAGACAAUGACACCUUUUCGACCAUUUUACAAAGUUGGCAAAAAACAAAAAACUUGAGAAGUCUACACUUCCGGAUACGUAGCUUGAGUAAGCAGCCAUUAAAUGCAUCUUCUUCACCAAAUAGUCCAAGUCAUGUCACAGCCCACAAGGGACACAAAAUAUGGGGAAAAUAGCCAUGCUGACGUCAGCAACAAUUACUAACUGUUGCAACCAUGUAGUAAUUGAAACUUAAUAACAUUCUCUUUUAAAUUGUCACUUCAUUAAUUUAAUAUAGGAUAUUAACGUAAAAGUAGUGCUAUUGACGUCGCGUCGUAACGUCAGAAAAUUUAGCAUAUUAGACAUAAGUUUUUCGGCGACAUCAAAGGAAAAUAAACACAUCCACCUUGAGACACGGAACUGGCGUAUUAUUAUAUAGAUAAAGUAGUGGCUGGCUGGGCAACGUCCACUUGGCAUCAUUCACUGAAAUUUACCUAACUUGCAUAUAUCCAAUAUUGCUGUUUCACGCAUCCUGGUUUGCGUGACAGCAUGAAGCAAUUAAAUUACCUUGCAGUUAGUCCCAUGGAAAAAACAAGUGAUAAAAAAAUGACUCACUAUUCAUAAUGUCCCGAAGAAAGCUCCACGUAGCCAUUUUUAACCGACAGAAUACAUGUGUUAAUAUAAAGAACUAGCUGGGAAACCACAAGCCACAUGCCACUAGCGUUGAACGCCUGGUUGAACGUUUAACUGUAGUUCAAUUAUUGGUGAUAAUUGCGCUGAGAGCCAUCCUCAUCCCCAGGGUUUUU